UUCCUUUAAAUGGAACUAUAAGGUCAGAUAUCUUUGUUGGUACAAUCGUGAGAGAUAGGCGACCUGGUGGCCACAUUUACCAGUUGCUCCUCUGCCGGUAGCAACGCGAGAAAGAAGUAUCUGUCAAUUGCGAAAAAGCAGGCUUCGUACAAAGUUGCAGAGAUGCGACUGACGUUAUCUUUUCUGUUCCUGUGCCCGUUGUUGUAUGUUGUACAUGGCGCAACCAGUAAUGACGUGCAACUUCUCCAUCAGCUGCAGGCGCAGUUCAAACAAUUUGAAACGUCCGUAAAACAAACAAUCGGCGGUCUGGCGAGACAAAUGAUGCUUCAGCAACUGUUUGUAGAAGAGAGAGUACGCUCAGAUGGUAGUUCCGGUGUCAAGCAAAUUCGAAGCAAUGGCGGCGGGUCAAGACCUUAUCACUACGAUACGUAUUCGAGCCACUCGUUUCUCGCUAUCCAUGAGCACUCGAACUAUGACCGAACUGUCGGCAUGGGUGAAUUUAUUGGAGUAUUGAACGGAGUCGAAUUCCGAACCAGACAUAACGACUACAAGCUCAGAAUGCCCCACCGAACAAAAUCAGAUUACCAUGCAAUGGAGGAUAUUCCAUUUCCCGAUGUUCCACCAACUGUUCGCAACAAGAAAACUAUCCCAGAGCAAGUUGCAGAAAUGCAACAGUAUUUCAAAGCUUUCCGUGAUCAAAAUACUAAACUGAGAAAUUACAAACCAUAUUUCAAACCAGUACUGUGUUAUCUAGAAGGCGGCUGGACUACAGACACGAAACACCUUGACGAACCUUUCCAGAGCGACAGACAUUUCAUUGACGCAUCCAGUUGGUUUGACCUACAACAAAAGAUUCAGUAUAUGUCAUCCACAGGUGGCAAAAACCAAUUCGAAAAUCUUUCAUACCUACCGACAACAAUUAUAAACGUAACAGAACACGGCGAGCCUAUUUACGCACAGUGGAACUACAGAAUCUUAUGCCAUCCAAUCAAGCGUGAUCUGGAGUUGAAGGACCUGAAACCAGUCGAUGAUUUAGCAGCAAGAAUGGCAUGGAUGCCAAAUUACAACUAUAGUGAUUAUACAAGAAAAGGCAAACAAGUUCGAUUCACUGUGGCCCCAUCAAGAGGAAAUGGCUAUCACGCUGAUGAUGGGUUUGGAACAUAUUCUGACCGUCGUUAUACUUAUGGUACAAUGGACUCUAUCAUGAAUGAAAUUCCAGGUGUUGACAACUAUCCCGGCCAUCAAACAGAUGAUUCAUUUGGGCUUCUUAAAUACAGAAUUGAUAUGAAAAAUGCAACCGUUUUGAACACUGCUCGAUACCAUCGUCAUUACAGAGUAAUGAGAAAGGGUGCUAUGGGUCUGAGUGUACGCAACAGAGGAUACUCUGAUACCUCUCUAUGGGUUGCUCAAACGAAGAACCCAAAAAUCGCAAAUUUCAACGUCAAAGAUUGUGAACGUAAUUCAAAGACACAUAAGAUGGAGUGCAAAUAUCAUGAGGCAAGAACAACAUAUGCCGUACCACUUGAAAUAGUCUGGUUGACACCACUCAGUAGUUGGAAUCCAUACAACCUUCGGCUUCUAGACAGAGAUUACAGAACAUUCCAUUAUGUAACUGAUGGUGGACGAGACGGAGGUCUGGACAAAGCGAAGGCAUUUAAUGGUUCAUCCUUACAGAGCUACUACCUGACACCGGCCGAGUUUUUCCAUGGUGGUGAGGCAAAUAGAGAUCCAGCAGAUACUGCAAAGGAUAUUGUUGGUGUCCUAGAUCAACAUGGAGAGGUCCGUCGUGUAACUGCAUCCGGUAUCCGUAUAUUUUCCCCCGAAAUUCCAGGUGUCGGAAAAAUUCGUAUUAGAUACCCAAUAGCCCCUACACACCAAGAAGGCAGUGCAACCUGGAAGAAUCUAGCUGCAAUGGAGGACAUGAUGAUGGACAUGCAUAAAUAUCAGAAAAUGUUCGAACACAAGCCACAAAUCAAGGAUCUGAACAUUCAUGAGGACAUUCAUUAUGCUACGUCAACAACCCACUCAAAUCCCCCAGGAGCCCACAAUCAUGAUAUCUUCUUAACAAAGGAGGAACUAGACGGCUUGAAGCAUGGGCACACUAUUAGGGUGUACACUACAGAAAAUAACGGGCAUCAGCACGAACUCGAACUGAAAGCGGACCCACAUUCACAUAAUUACGCCCGUCUUUCGAUCGUGACAUGCGAUGGCCUUCAUCGUUGUUGGGACCACCAUAACAACGUUGCAUAUCUUCAACAUCAUUGAAGUCUGAAAUAAUUAUGUAUAAAUGACAUUGCAGUUAUAAUAAAAGUAAUGACAACAAAAUAA